AUGUUUUGUUGUGGAGUAUGCAAUGCCGUAUUUACCGGCAUAUACGAGGAAUCUGUAUUCACAACUCAAUGCGGUCAUUUGUUCCAUGCUGAAUGCCUUAGAAUGUGUUUCAACAAGCAGUUUUUAAACCAAGAUGUUGUACUUAAAUGCCCGUUUUGUUCACUAUUCGUUGACCCAGCCAAAUUGGUUAAGUUACAUCUCCAACUAGAUGCGAAUUGGAAAGAUACCGCUUCUGCUUUAAGAAAACAGGCCAAUAGAAGCAUCAUUAAUUUGGAUGAAACAUUAAUGAACAACUCAGUAAAAUGA